UCUCCCCUCCCGGCUCCCUGGAUCCGCGCCGGGAGGAAAUGAUGUGUUGCUGCCUGGUUAAUCACAGCUCCAGACACUCAUUGGCCGAGCGCUCCGCAGCCACUUCCUCCUCCUCCUCCUCCCGCUCCUCCCGCUCCGGCUCCUGCUCUUUGCAGCCGCCGCCGCCGCCGCAGCCUCCCCCUCGGCGCUGGGGGAACUUUUCUACUCUCUGUGACGGUCUCCCCCACCGCCCCCGGGGGCAAGUCCCGCUGGUCCGCCCGCCCCGCCCGCGACCGUGCUCCCAGCCCGAGCCUCUGCGCCUCGGGAAGUUUAUUCCGCCCGCCCUCCUCCCCUUCCUCCUCCUCUUCACCCCGCCUCCCCGCCCUCCCCCGGCUCUUUCCCCCGGGUGGCUGCCGCUGCCGCCGCUGCCGCUGCCAGCCUGCUCCUCGGCCAGCCGCGCCGGCCCCAGGGCUGGGAAGCCCCCGGCCCCACGCACCGCUCCGCUGCAGCCGCCGCAGCCGCAGCCGCAGCCGCCGCCGCUCUGGGCCGGCCCUCGGUCUCCGGCUGCCGGCCCCGCAGAGUUCCGGGCUCCCUCGCCGGCUGCACCGCCCCGCCCCGCCCCGCGCCGCCCCGCGCCGCGCAGACCUGCAGCGCCCGGCUGCCUCGCACUCCGCCUCCCCCGGCUCAGCCCCCGGCCGCGGCGGGACCCGAGUGAUACUCAACUCCCAGCUGCUCAUUUGAGCCACCUGGAGAGUUGGGACAAUGGCCAUCCUCCAUUUCCACCAGAGAGCACUCUUCAAGCACUUUCAAUGUACAGCCAAGGGGUAGAUCUGCCACCCGCAUUAUUUUGCUUGGAGAGUCAUUGGCAUCUCAAGACUUCUGGGUUAUUUUCAUUGCAGGUUUGGUUGAACACAUGACAUGAUUCAGUGCAGUCAUGAGUUCACAUGACUCACACAUUAAGUGAUUUCAUGGGUUAAAGUGAUCCCAGCCAGCAAAUGCUAAUAACAGCCAUUUAUUAUUCCUUGGAUCUUCCUACUCUUUUCUUUAACAUUUGUCUUUGGCCAUUGCCUCCUUUCUGUUAAC